CAGAAACGUCAACGAGUUGAAAAAAGUAAAAAACGCAGUUUGGAAAAUUAAAGAAAAUUUGUAUCCAAAACGGCGCACUAGGUGCGAAAAUUGAAGCCUUUGUACUCGCUGCUGGAAACAUCAAUGAGCGCUGAAACUCCAACCGGUAUCGGCGGAACCAUCACCGAAACAGUCCUGCAGAAUGAGUCGAUUCCCGGCACGAGCAGCAGCAACCAUCAGGACCCACCAGUAUUACGGUUGCGGUUGCAAAAGCCUCGUAAUGGCAAAAAAGUACAAUGGACGAAUGGGACCGUCGAUAAUGAACAUAUGAAUAAGAAAAAGUCGAAAUGCUGUUGCAUCUACGUAAAACCACGAGUUUUUGGCGAAAGCUCGUCCGAAAGUGAGGAUGAGUGUGAGCAUUGUUUUGGUCACGUUGAGCUGAAGAAAAAAAACCAGAAAGUACCACCGAUGCCUGCCAAACGAGACGAUGGCGAUAACGGCGACGACGAUGACGGAGAUGCAAAUCAUUCGGAUGAUAUCGAUGGAACUUCCAAUGGACCAGCCGCAAACAGCAGAGCAAAUGAACCUUCGAUGGCACCAAGCGGAGAAUAGUUUCAUAAACAAAAUGCUAUCUGCGUGUUGUUUAAGAUACAAUUUUUACAUGAAACUACUACCACAAUCGGCACCAAUGAUUGAAUUCAUAAAUCGCUUCGGCAAAGUUUGCAAUAUUGACGAACCUGUAAUAAUUUAUCAUUUUGAACCAAAUGUGUACAUAAAUAUAUCGUUAAUAAACUGGACAUACAAAUAAGGCGAAAGUUAUGCGGGUCGCAGACGGCGAGAGAAAUUAAAUCAAAAGUGAAAGAAUGAAAAGAGCGAUCGAGAAUUCAUUUGAAUUUCAAAAUCAUAAACCUAAAUUGAAAAAUUAGGUUAA